AUGUUUCAUACUUUUGAGACCGCCCAAUACGCUAGCCCUGAGCAGGCCGAUCAAAGUACCGCCUCAGCCGCAAAGAGACGAACUUCCACUGUACGGGCUUGCGAACCUUGUCGAAGGCGCAAAAUCCGAUGCAAUGGCGAGCACCCAUGCGAGACUUGCCAAUGGUAUCGCAAAGCUGCGUCCUGCCAUUACACCGAACCAAGGCAGAGACAAAUGCCCUCCAGACGGUCUGUUGAAAAGAUUUCACAAACACUACAGGAGUAUCGAGCCAUCCUACAGAAGCUCUUUCCAAACGUUCACCCGGAUCAGCUCAAAGACAUGUCUCGUGAUAGACUUAUAGAGCUUAUCUCAAAGUCCAAUGCUUUCCAUCCACCCUCACCCACAACCCCGAGUGUGGAUGAAAAACCCCCGCCGGUCAAUCCCGAUGCCGGCAGCCUCGAGCAACUUCAGCCAAUGCCCGACGAAGGGAACGAUACCUUUGAGCCCAAACACCCAGCAUUGCAAGGCAUUACUGACGAUGUAAACAUGCUCUCCUUGUCGGUUAAACAAAACUCCUCGUACCUCGGCAUAUCCUCUGUCAUGGCAGUACUCCGAGUCAUCACGUGGCUAGAUCCAGAAUGUCUCGCCAAAUCUCCAGAACGAAGCAUGAUCCCAAGCCGAGCACCGUCACCACCACCGGAAUCUCAAGCACAGGGCAAAAACGUAGCUCGAGGAGACGGUUCCUCCUCGUCUGCGUGGGAUGAAAUCCCCAUGAUUAAUGCCUAUUUCACUUACGUUCACCCUUUCAUCCCCUUGAUCGAGGAAUCGACUUUCCGAGAGACUUACAUGGCUGGCCAGAGGACGGACUCAAGAUGGCAGCUCUUACUCAACAGUGUCUUGGCCAUGGGCAGCGUGGCUGCAGGUACUUCAGAAGAUGCCACUCACCAGGCAUACUUUAACCGCGUCAAGCAGCACUUGGAUAUGGAUACGUUAGACUCGGCUCAUCUUGAGACAGUCCAAGCACUAGCCAUUUUAAGCGGCUUCUAUCUCCACUACUUACAGAUCCCCAAUCAAGCAAACGCGCUGAUGGGUGCCACACUAAGAGUCGCGACAAUGCUAGGCCUCCACCGCGACUACACCGAGGGGGUGGGCCCUGCAAAGGUACAAAAGGCCGCCUUUUCUAUUGAGAUGAGGCGAAGGAUAUGGUGGUGUGUAUUCAUGCUCGACGCUUGGGUGGGUAACACCUUAGGCCGCCCGAGCAUGGGAAGAAUGAGCUAUGCCAUCACCGCGAAGCCUCCCCAAGAACCAAUUGGUCAAUCGACAGUUAUGUUAACUCUCGUCCAAGAGAACGUUCGUUUUGCUAUCAUAAGUACUCGCAUGGAAGACAGCCUUGCCGUAUCUCCGCUUCUGGAUGAGCAUGAACGACAUGCACUUGAUGCUCUAUAUCUGGAGUGGUAUAAGCAUUCUUCCGUUCAGAGCGAGUCUCCUCAGCCCAAUGUGGCAGAGUUACCUGGCGUCACUGUUCUCAAGAAUGUUAUGAGAUGGCGCUACCUGACAAAUAGAAUCAUUCUCCACAGACCGGCCUUGCUGUGGUAUUCUAUGAGAAAAAUCCCCUGGGAAAAGCUAUGCGAGGAAAAGAAGGCUGCCAUUGAGCUCUGUAGGGAGCUUUCAGCAGAAUUGAUCAAUGAAAUUGCAACCACAUGGAGAGCACAAAAGGCAUGCCAGAUGUCAGGAUGGAACGCUACCUGGCUUCUUUAUCAAGCAGUGAUGGUCCCUUUGCUUUCGCUCUAUUCAGACCCUCUGAAUUCCGAAGUUGUCGAACAAAGCCGCCAUCAAGUGGAGAUGGCUACUGGCGUCCUUGCAGAGCUACAAAUUUGGUCAACGACGGCGAAAAGAUCACUGGAAGUUGUGCUUAGAUUAUGGGAAGGUAGCAGAAAGCAUGCGCCGGACCUAAUGGACAAACAAGAUACCUGCUUGCCAAGCAGCAUAGACACGCCAACAUCUAUCACCAGUCAAAUUCCCGCGCCUUCAUCUGCCGGACCUUCUUUCAAACCAACAUAUAUUGAUGUUUCAUUUGCCAACACAUUUGGCAGUGAUCAGGGGCUAAACACGGCAAACCAAGAAAUGUUCAUGGACAACAUGUUCGACUCUCUGAACUGGAGCAAUAGUUGGGAUAGUCCCAUUGGCGGACCGCCAAUGAUGAACAGAUGGGACUAUAACUCUAUGCAGAAUUGGGCUGGCAUUCAACAAACUGACGAAUACUUUGACACCAGCUUCUCCGAGGAUCCUCAACACCUACAAUACAUGGACAUUAAUCCGACUUCGAAUCCGUCAGAUGUAUUGUCUUACACAAAUCUCGACCACAGCCACAGAAUGUGA